UAAUAAUUAAAAAAUAAAAUAAAAUAAAUACAACAAAAAAAAAUGUGUGAUAGAUUUUUUGAACAAUUUCAUUUUUAUAGCUUUGAUUAGAAUGAUUAUACAUCCUUGACACCAGGCUUGACAGAAGAACAGCAUUAUAAUAGCUAAAAAAAAGAGAAUUUUUAGAUUUAAAAUAAUUAUUAGAUACAAAAUAAUUCUGAUAUGAUGAUUUUCAAUUAAGAUGAUUAACAAAAUGCAUUUAACGAAGAAUAGAAUUAGUAUUAAAAAGAAAUGAAUAAAAAAUAAAGUAAGAAAAAAUAAUAUUCUCAUAGAAAUACUAUUAAUAAGAUUUCUUAUCAAGUAUUAAAACUUUUAAGAGAGCUUAAGUAUAAAAUUGAACUAGAAGGAAACAUUAUUUAAAAAAAGGUUGAAAGCUUAAAUGUAUUAAUAUGCAUUUUAAAAUAUAAUUUUAAAGAUCAAACAGAUUUUGAAAAUAUAUAUAUAUAAAUAAAGAAACGUUUGAAAAAAUAUUUUUUGAAUAUUAAAAAAGAUAAUAAAAAUCAUCAGCUAUUGAUAGAUUAUAUAAUUAAUUUUGAAUAUCUUUUGAAAAAUAUACUGAAUAAUUUUAAUGAAGAAAUCAAAUCAAAUAAUAAGUAUUAUGGAAUUACAGAGUUUCAGAAACUGAAGGAUUUAUGA